AUGUUCAUAGGAGGACUUAAUUGGGAAACGACAGAUCAAUCACUCCAUGACUACUUCUCACAGUUCGGCGAAGUCCAAGAAUGCACCGUCAUGCGAGACAGCGCAACGGGCCGCUCACGAGGCUUUGGAUUUUUGACCUUCAAGGACCCCAAGACAGUCAACACCGUGAUGGUCAAGGAACAUUUCCUGGAUGGCAAAAUUGUAAGACCUACCCAUUUCGAUACAUCCCGGGAGAGACAGGAAAGACUUGGUUCCCUUUCUCGAAGCUAUUCGGCCCGUCGGAAGAAGGAAGGCUUACUGUGGUGUGCCCAGAUCGACCCCAAGCGAGCGAUCCCACGAGACGAGCAGGAAAAGACGGCCAAAAUAUUUGUGGGAGGAGUCAGUCAAGAUGCAACGGAAGAAGACUUUGAAAGCUUUUUCGCUCAAUUUGGGCGGGUUAUCGAUGCUACGCUCAUGAUGGACAAGGACACCGGCCGACCUCGAGGCUUCGGUUUCGUAACCUUUGACAGUGAUGCCGCGGUAGAGAAAUGCCUGCAAUACCACCCCCUCGAGAUCCUCGGAAAGCCCAUCGAGGUCAAGCGUGCACAGCCCCGAGGCAAAAUGGGCGAGGAUGAUGAUUACGGUCGCGGUAGAGGAAGAGGCAAGUUCGGACGCGAUGACCGCUACAACAAUGACAACGCCCAGACCCAGCAAAACUCGCAAGCCCAAGCUCCCAAUAUGAUGGGCGGCACCACCGGAAUGACUCCACAGAUGAUGGCACAGUAUUGGCAAAGAAUGCAGCAAUACUUUGCAAUGAUGCAACAGCAGAUGGCGGCUAACAUGAUGGGCAACAUGGGCGGUAUGGGAAAUAUGGGUAUGAAUCCGCAGAUGAUGGCGCAAAUGCAGAUGCAGCAACAAAUGCAGAAGAUGCAAGGAGCAAAUAGCCCGAACGCCCAGAAUGCCGGUGGCAUGGGCAACAUACAAGGCAUGUCCCCCCAAAUGAUGCAGCAGAUGAUGCAGAUGCAACAGGGUGGGAUGAACAUGGGAUCAAACCGACCCCCAAUGGGUCCCGGCAAUAUGGGCGGCCCGCGUGGGAGCUUUUCAGCCCAAGAGCAGUUGGCAUUUGAACAGCAGAAAUAUGAGCAACAGCAGCAGGUCCGUCGCCCGGGAGGUUUCCCGCAAGGCCCACGCGGCGGUGGUGGCUUCCAGAACCAAGGCCACAAUCAUGGAGGCGGUCCACAGUCAUGGGAAGGCAUGUACGACGACGUACCACAACCUGAAGGCAACACUGGUGGUCGAGGUUCAGCGGGGCCCGUUCGCCAGCAUACACCAAAACCACCCAAGGGUCCCGGUGGCCUAUCGCAGCCGAGCGCAGCUCCAGCCAAUGCUCCCACUGGUCCCAAGAAUGCCGGCAAGCCAGGAGCAAAUUUUAGGGGAGGAAGGGGGCGGUAUCAUCCAUAUGGGAGAUGA